AAAUUGAAAAAUGAAAGCUACACUUCCACUUCAAGUUCACAAUAAUUGUCCACUCUUCGUGUCAACAACCAAACACCAAUAAAUUCAAAGAUCACCCUUUUCUCUCUCAGAAAAUCCCAAAGAAAUUAAAAUCAAUCAAGAUGCUACACUUUUAUCUAAAACCCCAUUGUAAAUUGAGUUUCUUGGUAUUGCUAUUAUGGGUUUCUCUGCUAGUUGAUUCAAAUUCUGGGUUUGAGUUAGAUGAUUCAUUGACUUAUAUUUGGCCUUUGCCAUCUGCGUUCACUUCUGGCAAUCGAACCUUCACUGUGGACCCAACUUUAUCUUUAUCUGUCUUGGGGAAAGGUGGGGACUCCAAGAUUUUGAAGGAAGGAUUUGAGAGGUAUAAGAAGAUUAUAUUUAAACAUGCUUCUGAGAUUUCACUUUUUCAGAAGUUGAGAGGGAUAAGUUUUGUGUAUGACAUUAGUGAGCUGAGAAUCAUUGUAAAUUCAGACAGUGAAGAGCUUCAAUUGGGUGUGGAUGAGAGUUAUACUUUGUUUGUGGCAAAGAAUGACGGGAAAUCUAUUGUCGGAGAGGCAACAAUUGAGGCAAAUACAGUUUAUGGUGCAUUAAGAGGGCUGGAGACAUUCAGCCAAUUGUGUUCAUUCGAUUACGAUACUAAAUCGGUGCAAAUAUACAAAGCACCAUGGUACAUCAAAGAUAACCCAAGGUUUGCGUUUCGUGGGCUUUUGCUUGAUACAUCAAGGCACUAUCUACCAAUUGACGUCAUUAAGCAGAUAAUUGAAUCCAUGUCUUAUGCUAAACUUAAUGUCCUUCAUUGGCACAUCAUAGACGAAGAGUCAUUUCCUCUAGAAGUACCUUCAUAUCCAAAAUUGUGGAAUGGUGCUUAUACAAAAUGGGAGCGCUAUACGGUUGAGGACGCAAGUGAAAUUGUUAGCUUUGCAAAACUGAGAGGCAUCCAUGUAAUGGCAGAAGUAGAUGUCCCUGGUCAUGCCCAGUCAUGGGGAGCUGGGUAUCCUGAUCUUUGGCCUUCUUCUUCCUGCAGAGAGCCACUUGACGUUUCAAAAAAAUUCACUUUCGAAUUGAUUUCUGGCAUUCUAUCAGAUAUAAGAAAAAAUUUCCCAUUUGAGCUCUUCCACUUGGGUGGCGAUGAGGUUCAUACAGAUUGCUGGACCUCUACUCCACACAUAAAGCAGUGGCUCAACGACCACAACAUGACUGCUAAAGAUGCAUAUCAAUAUUUUGUACUCAAGGCUCAAGAAAUUGCGAUCUCGAAAGACUGGACGCCUGUCAACUGGGAAGAAACCUUCAAUUCUUUUUCAUCAGAACUUAGACCACGGACCAUCGUACACAACUGGUUGGGUCCUGGGGUUUGUCCGAAGGCCGUUGCGAAAGGAUUCAAAUGCAUUUUCAGCAAUCAAGGUGCUUGGUAUCUUGACCAUCUAGAUGUUCCUUGGAAUGAAGUUUACAGUGCGGAGCCACUAGAAGGAAUAAACAAUGUGUCCGAAGAAAACCUUGUUCUCGGAGGGGAAGUUUGCAUGUGGGGUGAGACAGCUGAUGCAUCAAAUGUUCAGCAAACAAUAUGGCCUCGAGCUGCUGCUGCGGCAGAGCGUUUGUGGAGCAAAAGGGAGGCUGUAUCGGUACAAAACGUUAAUUCAACCGUAUUGCCAAGGUACCAUUACUUCAGAUGCCUAUUGAAUAGGCGCGGGGUUCAAGCCGCUCCUGCCACGAAUUAUUAUGCUCGAAAGCCUCCGACCGGUCCAGGAUCAUGCUAUGAGCAAUAGUCAUGCAGUUCGAUACUUGUCGGAUUGAUCCAGAGCUGUCUGUAUCUGCUAUUGUAUAUGUUAAAAAAGUGCAUUUAAACCCUUGAAGUUUCGUGAUUUCUGCAUUUUCAAACAAUCCACCGGUGUCCAUUUCAUAUGGUAUGCUCUUGUACAUGUUAAACGUACACUCAGGAACUUAAAUUGUCUGUGCUUUAGACGUUUUCAAGCAAUAUACUUGUAUUCAUUU